UAACCGGUCCCUAGAAGGGGCGGGUCUUCCUGGAAAUUUUGACUGCAGCUGUUUUCCCCCGGCUGUGACUCAGAGCGCCCAGACUGCGGGAGAAGGAGAUACCCCUCUGCUUCUGUCCCUUCACCUGGAAGCCAUCCUUGUAACCCUGCAUCACCAUGGUGCGCCCUUCUGGCCUACUAACCCGCCAAGAGGAACCAGUGCCAUUGAAGAGCAUCUGUGUGACCUUGUCCGUUCGUGAGUUUGUGGCUGGUGUGGCUGCUACCUUAAACUAUGAAAAUGAAGAGAAAUUUCCUUUGGAGACCUUCUUUGUGUUCCCCAUGGAUGAAGAUUCAGCUGUCUACAGCUUUGAGGCCAUGGUGGAUGGGAAGACAAUUAAAGCAGAAUUAAAGGAUAAGAAGAAGGCCCACAUCAUCUAUGAGAGUGCCAUCAGCCACCGCCACCAAGCUUUCCUCCUGGAAGAGGACAAGUGCUCCAGGGACGUCUUCUGUUGCAAUGUGGGGAACUUGCAACCUGGGUCAAAGGUGGCACUCACCCUGAAGUACGUGCAGGAGCUGCCCCUGGAAGCGGAUGGGGCCCUGCGCUAUGUGCUCCCAGCUGUCUUGAAUCCUCGAUACCGUUGCUCUGGAUCGCCUGAGGACAGUUGCCUUGAUUUGAAGACUCCCAUAGUCCCUUUGGAUGACUUGCCCUAUUCGUUCAGCAUGACUGCCACUGUCAGUUCCCAGCAUGGCAUUGAGACGAUCCAGUCCAACUGCCCCUUGAGUCCUAUUGAGUACCUUGGAGAUAAGAAGACUUCUGCCCAGAUUUCCUUGGCUGAUGGACACAAAUUUGAUCGAGAUGUGGAACUCCUGAUUUACUACAGGGAGGUGCAUACCCCCAGUGUAGCUGUGGAGUUGGGGAAUCCUAAAAACAACCCAGAUGGUUUGAUGAAAGAUCCAUCUGCGAUGGUGUGUUUCUACCCAAAUAUCCCAGAAGUUGAGCCAUCAGCUAUCUGUGGAGAAUUCGUCUUCCUCAUGGACUGCUCAGGGAGUAUGCAGUGCCCCAUAAGUAAACAGGAUAAAUCACAGUUGCGCAUAGAGGCAGCCAAGGAAACACUGAUUUUGCUGCUGAAGAGUUUGCCUGUAAACUGUUAUUUCAAUAUCUAUGCAUUUGGAUCUUCCUUCGAGGCAUUCUUUCCGAAUAGUGUGAAAUACACUCAGGAUACCAUGGAAGAGGCACUGAGGAGAGUUAAACUUAUGCGGGCGGACCUAGGGGGCACGGAAAUCUUGACACCACUCCAGGUCAUUUACAGAGAACCUUCCAUCCCGGGCCACCCCCUACAGCUUUUUGUCUUCACAGAUGGAGAAGUUACUGACACGUUCAGUAUAAUUAAAGAAGUUCGGAACCACCGACUGAGGCACAGAUGUUUCUCCUUUGGGAUUGGAGAAGGAGCCUCCACCAGCCUCAUAAAAGGCAUUGCCCGGGUAGGAGGUGGCACUUCAGAAUUUAUCACAGGCAAGGACAGGAUGCAGGCCAAGGCACUUAGGGCCCUGAAACAUGCUCUACAGCCCGCAGUAGAGGACGUUUCUGUGAACUGGGAUUUGCCUCGUGGUCUGUCUGCUAAAACGCUUUCACCAGAACAGACUGUCCUCUAUAAGGGUCAGAGGUUAAUUGUCUAUGCCCAGUUGACUGGGACCAUGCCGCCAGAAGAGGGAACAGGAGAAGUUUGCCUCAACUACACACUCCAGGGCAAGAGUUGUGAGAAUAAGGUGACAUUUUCCCUACAACCCAAGCUUGAUGACAACUUCACUAUUCACCGCCUUGCUGCCAAGGCCUUUCUCCAGAGCAUGGACAUAGGCUUCGGGGAGACUCCAGCAAAAACUAAAAAAGAUGUGCUGAAAGUCAGCAUUGACUGUGGAGUCAUAAGCUCCCACACAGCUUUCAUUGCCAUCAACAAGGAUGUCAACAAGCCAGUUCAGGGGCCCCUGGCUUGUAGGGACAUUCCAAGGCCGGUUCUGCUGGGUGCUGCUGCGCAGAUGCCACAAUGCAAAAGAGUUGCUCGUUUAAAGGCCUCGUCCUCCUACCCGCCUCGUGCAUCUCGGCCCACAUGGACCAAUCAGUACUUGAGCAUGUCAUGUCAGCUGAAUGUUUACAAAAGCCUCCAUAAGCCCAUGGUUAACGAGGGCCUGUGCUCUCCAGGGUCUGCUAGGAUCUUUGGCUGUAGGUAUGGUUCACAGCCUCCACCAAAUAUCUUCCAAGCAAGGGAACUGCCUGUCCAAGACAUAAUGCCCGAGGACUUGAAGGACCUUGAAUCUGGCUCCUGGGGAUUCGACCUUCCCACCAGAGCACCGCCAGUCUUUGGAGAGACUUAUCUGGUGCAGCUGAUAUCCCUCCAAAAUGCAGAUGGUUCCUGGGAUCUAGAUGAAGAUCUGGCCAGGAUCCUAGGUAUAAGUUUGAAAGACCUAUGGUCUGCACUCCCUGUCAAGGAUGCAGAUUCCUCAAGCUGGGCCACAGUCCUGGCGGUGGUUUGGCUACAUGCCAAGGCUAAGCACCAGAAGUGUGAGUGGGAACUUCUGGAAAAGAAGGCCAGGACCUGGAUUAACAGUAAUGCAGGCUCCAUCAAGAAAAAGCUUGUGAAAGCUGCUAUUGCUUUUACCAAGUCCUCCGUGGACCCUGCUGUCUUUGGCAUCUGAGGAAACUGUCCAGAGAAACAAGUGCCUCUCCCUUGCUGCUGCCCUUUCCUUUACGCUCUCCUGCUGUGGUGUGUUUUUGUCUUUUACACCUGGCCUGUCAGUUUCUUGACAUACAAGUGAAGGAUGCCCAUCCCACCUUGCCUCUCUGUUCCCUGUUCCCUUUGGGUAGGGCGAUCCGCUGCCCCCCCAGCAUGUACCCUCAGCCAAGUGCCAAUGGUCCCAGAACCUGUUCCCUUUCUUUGGAGGAAUUUAAAGCAUUUAGAUAUUUAGAUAUUUACAUUCCUUCUGGGUUUUCCAGCAUGACCACAUGAACAACAGGUGACACAGACUCCAGACUAACGGGUACAGCACUGAUGUAGGAGAUCCCUAAAUAAGAGAAUUCAGUGCAUUAUAUUCGCCUGUUCCCUUUGGUCUUUUUUUUUUUUUUUUUUUUUUGAGAGAGAGAGAGAUGGUGCAAUUGAGCAAGGGGCAGAGAGAGAGAAUCCCACAAGGGGCAAAGGGCAGGGGAGAGAGAGAGAGAAGUGGGGCUCACCCGAACUGGGGCUCGAGCUCACCUGAACUGGGGACUCCCAGUGUGGGAACUGUGAGAUCAUGAUCUGAGCCGAAGUCAGAUGCUUAAUGACUGAGCCACCCAGGCACCCCUAUUCCCUUCGAUCUUACAUACUCAUCACGACCAGACUGCUGAGCUAUACAAUUUUCUAUUCUAAGAUAGGACAAAGAGUUGGAAGGGAGGUUGAAAGCCAGCAUCGGGAUCAGUAUAACCUCAAGAUCACAAAGAGAGAGACUCCACGGGUCCUCUGUGAGAGGCGGCACUGCUGGUGGCCUUCCCGGUUGAUUCCACUUGGAUUUUGCUAACCAGUAUCACAUGCCUUCCCUCCCACUGCCUAAGAGACGGGACUGAAUCAUACCUUUUGGGGACAGAUGUUUCUCUUUAAUUGUUAAACUUUUUUUUUUUUUUAGUUUCUUUAUUUUGAAAGAGAGAGGGUGAGAGGGUGAGCUAGGGAGGGCGAGAGAGAGAGGGAGAGAGAGAUCCCAUGCAGGCUCUGUGCUGUCACUGUGGGGCCUGACACAGCACUUGAUCUCAUGAGCCAUGAGAUCCUGAGCCAAAAUAAAGAGUCGGAUGCUUCACUGACUGAGCCACCCAGGCACCCCUUAAUUGUUAAACAUCUUAGUAAGAAGGUAAUAAUGGAAUCUUUCAUCUUGGCCUGAACCCACGAGGCCUCAAAGUCAGGCUCUAUAAUCUAUAAUAAAGGAAAAAGUGGGUUUAAAGGUAGCUUUGCCUGAGACCUGAGACUGGAUCACUCAGCCCAUGAGGAAGAAAGGGGCUCCGCAUGCUUGUUUCUGACCUUCAUGUCCCACAUACUCUGUCCUAGUGGGAAUGACCCUAUUUGACGUGGUGUCCCCUACGAUACUAUUGUAUCAAUAUUAAAAUGGCUGUCUCUACACUGCA